CGAAUGUGCAGCGGACCCCAAACACUGCACUCGCGUAGCAGCGUCGCAAGCAGUCAUGUCCACAGCGCUGUCCCACUGCAUGCUAGUCGUGCUGGUCGCGCUGUGGUGCGGCGCGUCGGCGGGACCACCCAUCGACCCAAAGUUCUUGCUGGAGCUCGCCAGCCAAUUUGACACGUCGCAACUGAAGCCCUCCUGCAGGAAGGUGUUCAACAAGUGCAAGGCACGCUUCGUUCCCCUGGUGAUGCAGUUCGAGCAACUGAUGCAUGCCGUGCCCGCUAUCCUCGGUGUGCAAUGCGUUCAAAGAGAACUGGCCAAAGGAUUCCCGCGGUUCGACAUGGAGUGCGUCAUGACUGAAGACUACAAGGAGGGCAUAAAUUGCAUGGAGGACCCAAAGCUUCUGGAAAUACUCGGACCAAAGGCCGCAAAAUCCCUCCAGCCACUAACGAACUGCUUCAAGGACGUACCGCCGCCACCUGCUUGAUGCAGCCAGCUCGGUGGGAGCAAGUGCGCAGUGCCGCAUCUUGCUAGAGAACUUGGUUAUAGCACUCUAAAAAAACACAGGCACACGUCCGCCUCCUUCCCAUUUUCGUUCCUUGCAACCAGCGCAGAGAGAUGUGAAAAGGUGCGCCUACGAUCCCAGGCACAACACAAAAAUAUUUGAGACGUCCUGGCUCUUCUAAACGAUGACGCUGAAACUGGUCAAAGGGUCCAUAUAAAGUCGAACGUCUUGAAUAAACAAA